UGCCCGUCGUUACGACGGUCAGAUCUUAUCGCCUUUAAGAACCAACCCCAACCCCUUCAAUCUUCGCUCAGUCUCAAACCCUAGAAGGCCAUCACCUCCAUAUAUAUAUAUGCAAAUUUUAUAUUCCUUUCGUCUUUUUUCCGGUGACAAUUAAUAGAUCGCCGGCCGCCGGUGUUGUAUUGUCUUCGUCGACGCCGUAUUGGUUGCUGUGUUGGAUUGCUACAUGUUUUCGUUUACGCCUGUGUGGCUUUCGUUUCGAGAUAGAUCCGGAUCUCGACGGGGCAAAUUCGCUGCCAUCGUUGUUGGUUCAUGGCGUCGACGGUGUUAGCGAGUAGGAAUCAAACAAGCUGUGGCCAUCAAUCAUUCAUGGGGGAAAUCCCUAAUUAUUCCAAUAAUAAUCCUCGUCAUCUGAACCCUAACCUUAACCCUAACCCUAACCAAAAACCCAAAUCAAACAAGAAGAAGCAUUUUCCCAACGCAGCUGUUAACGGCAGGCCUCAUAACCACAAUUCUCACCCUGUUGAUUCUUGCGGGGUGGUUGUGAGUCAGGCCGCAUCAGAUGACGCUUAUUCGUUCAACCAAAGACCGAUUGAGACCAGCGGAGGAGGCGGUUAUGGAAAUAGUUUCAACCACGGCGGAUAUGUGAGCUACAACGUUGCUGCGUGUUCUAGAAGCGAGAUAAAUGAGCUCCGGAAGAAAUUGGUUUUGGAUCUCGAAAGAAUUCGGAGCCUAAAUGAACGGAUUCAUGCUGGCGAAUUAAACCCUAGAUCAUCCAACGGAAAAUUCAAGAAACUGUCUGGUAAUAAACGGCAGCCAUCUUCGAUGCCGUUUGGAUCUAGCAACAAAGAGCCGAAACAUUUCCGACAGGGUUUGGUAAACGGCAGUGGAGGUGGUGAAGCGGACGAGAAUUUGUUGAAGAUGUGCAGGCAGGUGUUGACGAAAUUGAUGAAGCACAAGCUCAGCUGGGUCUUUAACAAACCCGUAGACGCCGUUGCUUUAGGGCUUCACGAUUAUCAUCAGAUUAUCAAGCGGCCAAUGGAUUUGGGGACGGUUAAAUCGAAUUUGUCAAAGAACAUGUACGCAAGUCCCUCAGAUUUUGCCUCGGAUGUGAGGUUGGUGUUUGAGAACGCGAUGCUUUAUAACCCUAGGACCGAUGAGGUUCAUGGAAUGGCUGAUCAGCUUCUUACGCAUUUUGAGGAGUUAUUUAGACCAAUCCAGGCGAAAUUGGCAACCCAUCACCACGUGAAUGAGUUCUCUGCUAUUGACGAGUUAGAUGGUAGUUCUUGGGACGAUGUUCAAACCCCCGAGAGAUCAAAGAAGAUGAAAAGUAGUGGCCCUGUUGUUCCGUCUAUCUCAAACAAACAAAAUCACUCUACUGCAUCCAACCCAGUAAUCCCCCCUGUUGUUCAGUCGCCUGUGCGGACUCCAUCGCCAAUGCAGGCUGUGGAACCAAUUAAGCCAUCUUCUGCGACAACAACUACCACACGGGGUGCUGUUGGAAAACAACCGAAGCCCAGGGCUAAGGAUCCCAACAAGAGGGAAAUGAACAUGGAAGAGAAGCAAAAAUUGGGGUUGGGUUUGCAAAGUUUGCCUCCAGAAAAGAUGCCGCAGUUGGUGCAAAUCAUUCGCAAGAGAAAUGAUCAUUUGGCGCAAGAGGGUGAUGAAAUUGAGCUUGAUAUUGAAGCUUUGGACACAGAAACGCUUUGGGAGCUUGAUCGGUUUGUGACAAACUGGAAGAAACUUGUGAGCAAGACAAAGAGACAGGCGCUAUUGGUAAACAGUGCCUCAGCUGCUGCUGCUAGUGUCUCACCUGACCAUGAUGAUGUCCCUGUAAGUGAGAAAGCGGAUGGGAUGAAGAAGAACAAGAAAGAAGCAGGGGAGGAGGAUGUUGAUAUUGGGGAUGAGAUGCCAGAAAGCAGCUUCCCUCAUGUGGAGAUUGAGAAAGAUGAUGGUGGUGGGCAGGGUCAAGGUACAGGUCAUGGGAAUGAGAAUGGCAGUAGCAGCUCAAGCAGUUCGAGCAGCUCAAGUAGUGAUUCAUCUUCCUCGAGCGAUUCAGACUCUGGGAGUUCUUCUGGGAGUGAUUCAGAUGCAGAUGAUGCACAGUCGUGACAUGAACAGAUGGGAAAUGAAUCAGAGAAACCCAAAAUACAAACGCCAAUGCAGGAUCAGGAUUUGAAAUGGAUGGGUGUGUUGAAAAGAAAGAGGAAAGAUGAUUGCUUGGCAAAAGCAAAGAAUAUGAAAGUGUGAUAUGAUGGUGAAACUCCCAUGAGGUAUAAUUGCACAGAUGUAGGAGAUAGCCCCAAGCCCAACCCAACCCAACUCAACCCCUGGUGGUAAUUGGGUUUGAUUUAGGUUCGUUUAGAUUGGGUUUUUUUUUUUUUAAUUUUUUGGUAAAAUGGUUUUUGGGGGUGUUCCUGACUUUAUAUAGUAGGGAGUUAGCAAGCAAGCAAGCAAGCAGAAGAAGAAAGAUAGUUGAGAUGAGGGAAUGCUCUUGUGUGUACAUAUGACCAACAAGACAAAAAGCUUAGUGUAGUAGUAAUCCAUGAUUUUCUUGGCAAUUCUAAUUCCAUUGAUGUUAUUGUAUGUUUUCUUUGAUUAUUAUUACUAUCAAAUUGUUAAUUGAACACCAAAA